AUGGCACCCACCACCCAAAUCCUCGCUGCCGCCGCAGGCGUCACCAGUCUCGCAGCCGCGUACGUCGCCACCCGCACCAACGCCUCCACCGAGAACAAGCGGGAGCCCGGCACCGUGGGAUUCCUAGCACCAUCGCUGAACCAGCCGCAGGAGUCCUCCAACCCAUUUGGCCUUCACAACGUCAGCAUGCGUCGUCGCGUUGCGGCUCCAGCAUCUCUUCGUGGGGACAACAACAACAGGCAAACCGCAGAAAUGAUGGUCCACCUAUCCUUCGCCUAA